UUCAGUUCGUUGUGAACGGUAGGUUUCUUGUUCCCAUAAUCACACCGAUAUCGAGGGUAAACAAAUCCGAGUGAAACCUUAUCAGCGCGACAAACCAUUACCCGGUGAAUCUUAUCGGGUGAAGCCACCCAAACAGCCCACAAAGGUGACUCAGUAGUGGAAAGUAAGUGGAGCAAUGAGGGCCUUGUGUCUACUCCCGGUGUUCGUGCUUUUGGGAAGCAUUUGCUCCCUGGAGGCCGCCAAUAUCCUGUGCUUGGUGAGCACGGCCAAGCACAACAAUCCCGGCUGGUCAAAGCCCCUUUUCGACGCCCUGCUGGCCAAAGGUCAUACCCUAGUGGUCAUCAGUACAGCGCCCAAUCCGGAGCCAAAGAAGCAAGUGGACGGUCUGUUGUACUACCAUCUGCACAACGAGUACGAUGUGAUGAAGAAGCACUUCCUCCUCGAGGAGCCGCGGGAGUACCAGAAUAUGGUGACCCUCAAGCAGCUGCUGGUGUGGUACGAGGUCCUCUUGGGCAGCUGCCGUUCUGUCCUGAACUCGGAUUCCAUGAGCAGCAAGUUGCCGGAGCUGACCGCCCAUCUGAGCACGGACUUUGAUCUGAUCAUUACGGAUGUCACCCAGGGCAUUGAGUGCCUCAUGGAUGCGGUUAGCGGCUGGCGUUCCAAGCCAGUUCUGGGCUUGAGUGCUGGUAAGCUUACCCCGGACCUUAUGUCCCUGCUGCAAGCGGAAAACACUAUCAAUGCGGCCAGAAUACCGCACUAUAUCAGCCAAGUUCCGAAGAAAAUGGGCUUCUGGAAUCGCCUUCACAACCACAUCAUGUACUUUUCAGAGUCACUGAUCCACUUGGUGGUAGUACGACCGGUUCUUAAUAGCCUAAUGAAGACGGAAAAUGGUUCUCCCACUCUACAAUUAGUGCUCUUGAAUACCCAUCCCACCUUGGAUUAUGUUCAGAAUCUUCCGCCCGGAGUCAUCGAGGUGGGUGGUCUCCACAUCAAAAACGAGUCCAGACCUCUGCCCACGUAUAUACGAGAAUUCACAGAGAAGUUCCGCGAUGGCAUCGUUUACAUCAAUAUGCCCUACAUCGAGUAUAUGAAUGGCCAGGGACUAAAAGCAGUGGAUACCAUGAUUCAAGCCAAUCCCAGCUGUGGCUUUAUAUGGAAUGUGGAGCAACUGCAGCAGUUGCCGGCUGAGAAACCGAAUCUUUUGACGCUCCAUGUGGAUCAAUCACUACAGCAAGAUAUUUUGGCUAUGCAGUACGUCAAGGGGUUCCUGAAUCAUGGAGAUAGUUUCAGUCUCCAGGAGGCGAUUCACAAUGCAGUGCCCGUCAUUGUGCUUCCCCUUAAACUAGAGGAAUUUAAUAAUGCCCAACGUGUAAUGGAACGCAACUUGGGAGUGGCGCUUCAGGCCAAGGAACUUGAUCAAAAUUCCCUGUCGGGUGCCCUUAAACGAAUCCUAGAUGAAGAGCGUUUCACAAGUGCCCUCUACCAGGCCCAGUUGAAGUUCCGCACUCGUCCGCAAUCCCCUCUAGAAUUGGCCGUAUGGCAUGCGGAACAACUUAUCGCCGAACCACGAUUCUUUAAACAUUUCGCACAAACCGAGGCUUUAGCCCAAAAUUUCUUCGUGGCCAAUUCCCUAGAUGUCCUGACAGUGCCUUUCAUAAUUCUCCUGGCUGCGCUGGUAUCUGUGGGCAACUUGGUCCUCGUCCUUUACAAUGGGGGAUCCAAAGCUGAGCUUUCUUCCAAAGGAGAAGUACCCAAAAAACGAAAGAAGUCAAAAAAGAGCUCAACGAACUCCACACCAAUGAAUACAACACUCAAACUAGAAACCACCGAGUUAAUUGAAGAUCUAGAUGGAGAGAUUCUCGAGGGAGAGGAGCAACUCCUUGCAGGGGAAGAAAAGUCCCUCGAGGAGAAGAAAGUAGACUAAAUGCUUGCCUCAUAUUUUGUGUAUUUUUAUGUACCAUAACAGAUCAAAUAAGACUGCCAAUAAAUAAUUGUAA